GUUUAAACUGAAAUCAUGCCAUUUCUCUUUUUUGCAGUUCUCUCCAGUGACGAUGAAGACAGUCUUUCAUGAGAAGAGGGAGGUGGAGAAGCAGGCGUCUGUAGAGGAAGAAGUCAGCAAAAAGGAGGCUUUAGAGAGAUAUGAGAAUUGUAGGAGGUCUCUGACAGCCCAGCUGGCCAAAAUUGAGCAGAGCAUCAAGGACGUCCCCUCUGACUCUGUCUCUCUGAAAGGCCUGCAUUCACGGCUCCAGGAAAUACAGUUCUUGAGGCAGGAGACAGAGUCUCUGUGGUCUGAGUAUGCAAACCAGUGUUCCCAGUUGAGCGGGAAUUCUGGUCUGGAGCAGCAGAAGGCAGAUAUGCAGGAUCAAUGGCGCGGCCAGCAGUCCAAACUCCAGCGGAGGGGCAGCUCGCUGGGUGCCGCCCUCAGACAGAUCGACUCCACCGAGAACCACAUGGUGGACUUCACAGACCGCCUGGACCGCUACCUGAGGCAGCCCAAAGACAUCACCGUCUUCACACCGGCCAACAGCAACAUACUCAAAGACAUCAAGGAACUGGAUGACAACAUCCAGAGCGAGCUGGACCAGCUGUCCCGUCUGGACCCUGAGUCCAGCGAUCUGGACCCCAGAGACUGCUUCCCUCUGUCCCGGGAGGUGGAGACUCACAGAAGCAGCCUGGAUCAGCUUCGACAGCAGGUCCGGAAGAGCGAAGCUGCCGCCCGCGCCCUCGACCGCUUCCUCAUGUCUCUGCGUACCGUGGACGAAGACAUCUCUGGAGUGCAAGGCGCCCCCUGCAGUGACACUGUGAUCCUGCAGGACUGUCGCUCCAAGCUGGCUCAGAUCCGGCAGAGCGUGGACAGUCUGAAAGAGAAGGCGCCUCAGCUGGAUGCGCUCCUGCAGGGGGCCAGGCUGACGGUCACCAGGGAUGGCGUCCCGGCCUCCUGUCUGGACAUGGUGACCACUCUACUCAGGAAGCUGGAGGAGGCGGACGGUGGACUUGCCAGCCAGCAGAAAGGGCUGCAGAAGGAGACACAGAGCAGAUCUCUGGGCCUGAGGAAGAGGACCCUGCUGGGGGAUCUGAGGAAACUGAGGGAGACCAUUGAGGCACGGGGCCUGAAGGAGCCCACCAUGCCGGCUGUGCAACACAGGCUUCGGGCCCUGUCAGAUCUUGAGGGUCAGAUGCAGGCUGUGCAGGCAGAGCUACAGAACCUCCAUGAACUUCAAGAUCAACAGGGAGGAGGAGAGGAUCUCCUUCAAGAGCUGGACACUCAGUGGACAGAUACUCUGAGAGCUUAUAAUGACAGGAAGAAGCAGUGCAGCAUCCUGCUGGAGCUUCUGAAGAAGUUCCAGGCCUGCCGCAGUCGGCUGAGCAGCACCAUGCAGAAGGCUGAGCAGACCAUCAGCGAACAGGCCUCCUACCUGGGCAAGGAAAACCUGCAGAGAAGCAUCACCAUGGUCUCUAGCAUCAAGGAGGGGCUCGGUGGGGUUGGGGAGCGAAUGGAGGAGAUGAGGGCUGUUUGCAGACAGCUGCAGUCCCAACUAAAGAACUUCCCAGACUGCAGUGAGACCCCCUUCGAAGCUGAGGCGGACACACUCAUGGACAACUGGCUGGAUGUGACCGAGAAGACAGAUGCCUACAUGGAUAACCUGCAGGUGGGGCAGGAGCUAUGGGAGAAGCAGCUGAUGCUGGGAGGAGAGGUGGAGAGCUGGGCUGGGGCCAAACUGGCCCUGUUCGCAGAGAGCCAUCCCUUCCACAACGAGCAACAAGUGCUUGCCAUGAGGGAUGAAAUCCACGCUAAUGAGGAGAACAUUGAGCACUUCCACAAGAAGUCUGUAGAGAUCCAGGAGAUGCUGCAGGGUAAGGAAGCACCACUGGAGCUGCAGGUGAUGGAAACCCAGCUGAAGAAGAGGAUGGAGCAGGUGAAGGAGCUGUUUGCCGACUGCACCGACGUCUUUGAGGAACUGGUUGCUGUGAAGAAACACCUCUCUGAGAGGGUGGAGGAGUGCCAGUCAGCUGUGGAGGGCAUCCAGUGCUCCCUCAGCAUUGUGAACGCGUCACAACCAAACGCCGAAGAACAGAUACAGCGUCUGUGUGACGACCUUGAGUCUCAGGAGGAGCAGGCGGAGGCGGCUCUGAAGGAGGUGGGCCUGGUGUCCAGUGUGGCCAGCCCUCAGGUUCUGGAGGGGCUGUCUGUGGACUGCAGCCGGCUGAAGGAGGCCAUCGCCCGCACCCGGGACAUGAUCCACCUGAAGAGAGAGGAGCGGGACAAAGGCCUGCUCAAGGUCAUUGAAGUUGAAAAGCAGUUGUUCGGGGAAUGGUUCCAGAACUUGCAGCUGUCCGUCAAUGAAUGCUUCGAGCACCCAGAGAGCAGAGCAGAUGUGGAGACGUUCCUGGAAAGACUCGCUAGCUUCUUGAAGUCCAAGGAUUCAGAGAGGCGUCUAGAGCAGCUGAAGGACCAGCGUGAGAGAGGCAGCCAGCAGCUUCCUCCCCAGCAGCUCUCUGAGUUCUCUGAUUGGCUGAAGGAGCAGCAGAAGGAGGUGGCCACUUUCAGAACGCACUGCCAGAACCGGCAGGAACAAUUGGAGCCGCUCCUCAAUGACCUGAACAGUCUGCAGAAGCAACACGACAGCUUCCGUGAGUGGCUGCAGUACAAAGAAAAACAUGCUGUGGAGUCGGACAAAAUCAAACCUUUCCUUAAAGACCUUCAAGAUGAGAGUGUCAGAGCUGAGACCCUCGCUGAGCUUUUAACAUCCAUACGCAAACAAGGCGUCCGAGCUGAGAGCCUCCUGAAGGACAGUGAUAACCUGAUCCAGCGCUACAGAAACCUGGUAGCCAAGCUGCAAAAACAGACAGAGGCUCAGGGCAUCCUGCAGGGGAAACUGGUAGAGUUUAACACCCAGGCCAAGAGCACCAGGAGCUGGAUCACUGACCUCGUGAAGCCCCUCUCCUCUCCUGGCUCACAGGCAGAGGAUCUGAAGCACAGAGCACAGGCCAUCCUGACCUCCAAGCCCGAGGGAGACUCUAAAGUGAACGACCUGAGAAGACAUGGGGAAACUCUGUGUGGGCAGGAGGACCUGGAUAAAGGCAGGAAACAGGAAGUCCAGCAGACUGUCAAAGAAACAGAGGAGCAGUGGAGAGCGGGACUGCAGACCGCUGAGGAGAAUCUCAACCAGGCGGAAAAACAAGCUGUGCUAGAGAAGGACUUGGAUGCUGUUAAAACCCAGAGUGAAAAUGUGCAGUCCUGGAUCAGAGACAAGCAGCAGAACCUGCAGUCGCUUGGUGGGUGCAUGCAGGUUGAAGAAAAACUCCAAGUUGCAAAAGCUACUCUGAGCUCCAAACCUGAUGGAGAAUCAAAGCUCGGGGAUCUGAAGCGACAGUGCCAGAAUCUGUGUGAGAAACAGGGCUUGGACGAGAGCAGACGACGGGAGGUUCAGGAUGCAGUGAGACAGACGGAGGAGCAGUGGAGGAAAGUCCUACAGGCUGCAGAGGAGGGUCUCACCAAGGCCGAGUCUGAAGCUGCCACUGGAAAGGACUUCGAUGCUUUCAAAACCCGAAACGAAAGCAUCCAGUCCUGGAUCAAAGAGCAGAAGCAGAAGCUGCUGUCCCUCGCGAGUCAAAUGCCGUUUGAAGAGCGACUGCAGGUCGCACAGGCUGUUAUAAACUCCAAACCUGAGGGAGAGUCCAAGCUGCUCAACCUGAAGACACAAGCCAAAGCUCUGUGUGAGCAUCUGGAGGAGAGCAGGAAGGCAGAGGUUCAGCAGUUGGCGAAAGACUCAGAGCAGCAGUGGAGGAACGUUUUGCAGGCCGCCCGGCAGGCAGAGCUCCGCAGUCUGACAGACGACUUUGAUACUCAGAGUAAAAACACUCAGUCCUGGAUCAGAGAGCGGCAGCAGAAGCUCCAGUCUGUGGGAGCUCACACUCCACCUGACGAGAGAUGUCACACAGCGCAGGACAUCUUGAGCUCCAAACCCGACGGCGACUGUACGGUCAACAACCUGAGGAGGCGGGGCCAGGGUCUGUGUGACCAUCCGGACGCAGACCAGGGCAGGAAGGUCCACGUUCAGAAGACGAUCAGAGACACAGAGGAGCAGUGGAGGACCGUCAUGCAGGCGGCCAAACAGGUGGAGGCUGCUGCGGGAGCCGAGAUCUCAGAGAAGACUGAGAAGAGAACGCUGGAGUUGAAAGGAUUCGAAACCCAGCAGCAGGACACUGUCCGCUGGUUCACAGACCUCCAACAACAACUGGACUCCCUGAAGAGCCAAACCAAACCCAAGGACCGAAUGCAAUCUGCCCAGGCCAUUAUCAGCUCUAAGACCAAAGGAGACUCGAUGCUCCAGGAGCUCAAGAGACAAAGUCAGAUCCUGUGUGGUCAGGACCUUGAGGAACCUAGAAAACAGGAGGUCCAGCAGAAAGUAAAGAGUGCUGAGGAGCAGUGGGCCAAAGUCCUGCAGAGCGCCAAGCAGGCCCAGGAUCAGGCUGAGAAGCAGUGUGCUCUGGAGGGAGAGCUGAAGGAGUAUGAAGCUCUGAAGGAAGACACCAAAGCCUGGCUGGAAGAGAAGCAGAAGAGCCUCGUCUCUCUGGACGUUCAGACGGAUCCAGAAAUGACAAUUACCACUGCACAGACUAUCCUGAGCUGUAAGCCUGAGGGAGACUCCAAGCUGACUAAGCUGAGGAAAACGGAGCCAGAGUCUGUCAGAUCAGGAGGAUCUGGAGGAGACGUUGAAACAAGAGGCUAAGCAGACGGUGAAGGAGUCGGAGGAGCAGUGGAGGACAGUGCUGCAGACCGCCGAGAACACUCUGAAGAAAGCCGAGGUCCAUUACUCGCUCUCCAGGGAACUGGAGGCCUUCCGCAGCAAA